UUCUCUGAAACCAAUAAAAAUAUUAAUGUGAGAAGAAAAAACAAAUCCCGCCGAAUACUGAAAAACCGAUUUUAGUUUGUAAUCAUACGGAUUUUAUUUUUGGUAUUGAAUAUUAUGUUACGGUAACUUUUUUCUCUGGAAUUUUUAUUAUUUACAGGACUAAUAAGAAUCAUGGAUAUUUCUUUUGAGCAAUAAAUAUAUUUAUAGAAGUAAUAUUUUUGGCUAAUUCUGUGAAUAAAUAAUUUUUUGCUUUAAAUAUAAGUACCAAAUUAAUUUAAUUGAUAAAUUCAAUACGUAUGUACAUAUAUGUUUCUAAUAUCAGUAUUUCUAUUAUUUCGUGUUUUAUUUAAAUUGAUUUUUACUAACAGAGUCAGGGUAAAAAUCCGAGAGGACCCGAAUCGAUCAGGAUAAAAGCGUGUCCAAAGCGUGUGAAAAGCGAGCAAAUGCAAAUCGUUUCGUGCGAGAAUCGUUUCGUGUAAACCGUUCAGCGUUUCGUGUAAAUUGUUUAGCGUUUCGGGCAAAGCGUGCAGCCUUUCGUGUAAACCGUUCAGCGUUUCGUGUGAACCGUUUAGCGAGCGUGUGGUGUAGUAGUACGUUUCAGGGUCUGUAAAGAUGAACACUGAAUUCAACAACGUAAUUUUCAAUAACACAGCCAGCUCAAGAUGAUUAAAAGCAAGAUUUUUAAUAUUUUUUUCACAAUUUUCUGACCUCAAGCCUUAGACAAGUCGAUCAAGACGAUAAGUCGAGUGCUCUGCUUCAGAGAAAAAAAUACCGACUUAUCGUCGGGAAAAUACGGUAGUAGCUGCAACAGAAAAUUAAAAUGAUGGGAAAAACUUUUAAAUAUUAAAGAUGAUUGAAUUUCUUUUGCAAAAGAUUGAGAAAGUUCUCUUUCUGUAUUUUCUAAUUAAGUCAUAUUGAUUGAAUAAUUACGAAUUAACAGGAUUUAUAUUUUUGCUUACUUCAUAUUAUGAAAUUUGAUUAUAAUAAGUUAUUUCAAGAUAGUGAUUGUGUUUUAUCAUGUCACUCGAUCAAAUGACAAAGAUAUUAUAUUACAGUAUUUACUAUUGAAGAAAUGUUUACUCAUAUUUAGCUGCUGGCAUAUAUGUAAAUAAUGUUACCCUGGAUAUAACAUAUCUGAUUCAUAAAUUCCAAGAAAGAUUACACGAAACACAUUUGUUCCUGUUUUAUUUUUUGUCUCUUUGCCAGUGGGUGAAUUAAUGAAGACUAGGCGAAUUACAAUGCCUUACAUUGUCUCUCUAUAAACAAAGCUUUGUCUGGGCAAGUUUUAAUUGGGACAAAACUGUUUACAAUCUAAGAAAAUAACAUGGGGCAAAAAUAGUCCUGUUUACAGUUCCCAAUUGUUGGUCUUAUUGUGAUUACAUGAAUAUAGAUAUAUUGACGACCAAAAAAUGACAUUACAAAGAACUUAAAAUUAGAUUUCAUAUCAUGUCAUAAAUUGUUAAUACACAAAAAAUAAACGUCAUACAAUGUUCGGGAAAAGUUAUAUAUACUCCAUGAAUAUACAUGUAUAUGUAAAUAAUAGAUUGUUUAUAAUGAUACAUAUAUUAGAUUUAUGGAAAAUGAAAUAUGAAUUCCAUAUUCUUCAAGAGAAAACAGUUCCUAGCUAGAGGUUAAAAUCUUUACAUAGGUCAUUUAUAUUUUAAAAUUAUUUCAUAUUGAAGAUAUAAUUAUAUAAUUAUCAAAUUUAGAAAAGAUUGCAAGUUUUGAAAUUAGUUUUCUUAAAACUAAUUACAUUUAUCGCUAUAUACGGUAAAUGCCAUUUAUCGAAGAAGAAUAAAUCAAGCGGCAUAACUCUAAUAAUUUUAGUAACCAAUAUUUUAUCCAAGCGCGAUAACUCUAAAUCAAUAGGCGCGGGUACUUAAAUGUCAAUAAUGUAAUGACGUCAUUAUUGCGCGUGCAAUUAUCGAUCCGUUAGACGCUGCCGAUAUCGAACAGACGACGGACGUGUAGAUUGACAGAGAAGUAAUUCUAAAGUUUGUAUGUUGUAAGGAAUUUGUAUGAUGUUACGGUCAAAAAGGAAAUCAAAAUCCCCAUAUGCCAGGCCAACACGUACACCGGCCGCCGCCAGAAAAGCAGUGUCAGUCAGUAAUAGCAACCGCCAGACACCUGAUGAUGCUGACCCCCAGGCAGUAGCAAAGGCAACGGAAUCAUUGAAUUUGGAUACCCACUCUGAUGGCAGUGGUCCAGCGUUACAUCAACCACUCAUACUUGGACCUUCAUCGUCAAUGGCAGCCCAUUCAUCAGGGUUAACAACAACCAACCCAUUCGCCAAGAGAGAGGGAAACCCCCCGCAUUCGACCAUAUGCGACAAUUCCCUUAUAGAGGUCAAGGCCGUGGGCAGUCAACAGGCAACGCAAGACCUAUGGGACAUGGCUCCAACCCCGGUCAAACUUAAUGUCUUAAAAUCAAUGCUUACUAAUUAUCCAGAUCAAAAUACAGCUCAUGAAUUACUAAACGGGUUUGAAUACGGUUUCAACAUUCAUUAUUCUGGUACACGAGAAUUUCACGUUUCAAAAAACAUGAAAUCUGCAGAAACUCAAGCUGAUGAGCUUCAAUUAAAAAUCUAUCAAGAAAUUUCACUGGGGAGAAUAGCUGGUCCAUUUUACACUAGACCUAUUUCUAAUAUUAGAUGUAGCCCUAUUGGUCUAGUUCCUAAAAAACAAGGGGGGUGGCGCAUGAUUUGUAAUUUGUCAGCACCACAGGGCAACAGUGUUAACGAUUUUAUAGACCCCAGUCUCUGUUCAGUACAUUAUACAUCAUUUGAUACUACUAUAAGUAUGGUUCAAAAACUUGGUCCUGGGGCUUUAUUAGGCAAAAAAGACAUAACGAGUGCUUUCAGACUUCUUCCGAUUCGACCCGAAGAUUUUUCAUUGCUCGGCUUUUAUUUUGACAAUCAGUAUUAUAUUGAUAAAUGUUUACCUUUCGGUUGCUCUAUUGCAUGUGCCACUUUUGAAAAAUUUUCAACAGCUUUGCACUGGAUAGUGGAAAAUCAAUCCACACACAACACAUUAGUCCAUUACCUGGAUGAUUUUUUGUUCGCUGGCCCAGCUAAUACUUGUAUAUGUCAAAACCUUAUGGGAUCAUUUGAUACAAUUUGUAAAGAACUUGGGGUCCCGCUGUCAGAGGAAAAAACAGAAGGCCCCUCUACAUACAUUACAUUUCUUGGUCUAGGUAUCAAUACUAUUAACCAAACCAUAUUUAUUCCAAAGGACAAGGUGGACACCCUUAAAUCAAUGAUACAUAAUGUAUAUACGCGAAGGAAAGUUACAUUAAAAGUAAUGCAAUCAUUAGUGGGGUCACUAGCAUUUGUUACGAAGGCAAUACCUGCAGGUAGGGCGUUUUGUAGACGAUUUUACGACAGUCUUUCGCAGGGAUACAAAAAACAUCACUACAUUACAAUAUCAAAAGCUCUACGAGACGAUAUGGAGGUCUGGUUAAAAUUCCUUUCCGAAUUUAAUGGUACCACACUAUUUCCCGAUAUGCACUGGUCAAAUGGGGACACAUUGCACAUAUCCUCUGACAGCUCUGGCUCUUUUGGGUGCGGGGCAAUUUUCGGUUCACAUUGGGCCUAUCUUCAAUGGCCAUUAGACUGGUCAUCCGAAGAUCGUAGAGACUUGACCUACCUGGAGUUAGUGCCAGUAGCGCUGGCAAUUCAAAUUUGGGGUAGCAAAUUGCAGUCUAAGAAAAUUAUAAUGCACAUUGAUAACAUCGCAGUAGUUCAGAUAAUUAAUCAAAAAACAUCAAAGUCAUCAAGAGUUAUGUCCCUUCUUAGACCUCUAUUGCUUCAGCUCCUCAGGUUCAACAUUCAAAUUAGAUGUGUGCACAUACCAGGUCCUUCAAAUACUAUAGCUGAUGCUAUAUCUCGUUUUCAGUGGCAAAAGUUCAGAAAUCUGGCCCCAUAUGCGGAAUACUAUCCAUGCCAAAUUCCAUCGGAAUUUUGGAACCAUUUGAAAAGGAAGUACAAAAACUACUCGACGCAUCAGUUGCUCCAAACACUCAAACUGUUUAUCAGAAGGGCAUUGACUUAUUCAUGCAAUUUAGAGGGCUGUAUAACAUCCAAGACAUUUGGCCUCCAUCUGUUGACCAAAUUAUCAACUUUAUAGCAUUUUUAUCAUCUAAAAGCAUAUCAUAUUCAACUGCCAAAACUUACUUAGCGGGCAUUAGUUUUAGCUUGAAGUUAAGCAAUCUUCCUGAUCCAUGUCAAUUUUUCAUUGUAAAAAAACUACUACUCGGUUUUAAGCAACUCAAACAUAAAAAGGAUACUAGAAGUCCAAUAACUUUCCCACUGUUAAAAAAAAUCGUAGCUUCUUUACAACAUGUUUGUAGUAAUUAUUACGAACAGAUCCUUUUUUCCACUGCGUAUACACUUGCAUACUUUGCCUUACUAAGGGUAGGUGAGAUAACCAGUACACGUGGGAAUUCCUGCAAUUCAGCACUGUCUUUGCACAACGUAUCCAUAUCAACGUCAUGCAUCACCAUUAUAUUAGAUAAAACUAAAACAGACCAAAUAGGGAAGGGUAUAACAAUUCAAAUUAACUUGACAAACGAAAAUAAAAUGCUUUUUGACAAUAUGCGAGCAUUUUUAAAACAACGUCCAACAAGCACCGAUACAUUGCAAUUUUUGUGCCAUAUUGAUGGUUCACCCUUAACUUACUAUCAAUUUAACCAAGUUUUGAAAAAAUCACUGUCAUUUUUGAGGCUUGACGUUACAACAUUUAAGUCCCAUUCAUUUAGAAUAGGCGCAGCCACAUAUUUAUACAUGCAAGGGGCGCCAGAGCAGGAAAUUAAAGCUAAGGGUCGGUGGCAUUCUAAUGCUUUUCAAUCCUAUAUACGUCCUAAUACAGUAGUAUUGUAAUAUCAAAGUCUUUACUAAAGAUAAAUAAGUUUACAGGCUCUUCACACAUCUGGAUAGUAGGAUCUUCAAUCAUAAGGAGGGCCCAGGAUUACUGCAAUCAGUCAGCAAUUGGUUCAAAUUUGUCUCUGGAAUCCUUAAAUGUCACCGUGAAUUGGUCUGGAAGGGGCGGACUAAAAUGGGAAGAACUUGACGAUCAUAUCUCACUACUGCUUCAGGAGCAUGGCACCCCACCUCGUGUAUUGAUCAUUCACUGCGGUGGUAACAGUAUUGGGCUUGUGUCACUUAAAAAACUUCAGUUACAAAUGAAAUCACUCAUGGGUUCUUUACACCAAAAAAUGUCAAACACUUUGCUGGUAUGGUCAAACAUACUUCCCCGAAAAUAUUGGCUGCACAUGAUAUCAAGCAUAGCAGCAGAGCAGGCCAGAAUACGAAUAAAUAGCUCCUUGGGGUCAUUUGUUUGUAAAAAGCUCAACGGGGCACUAAUACGUCAUCCAGAUAUUGAUAUCAACCAGCCGAAGUUAUUCCAAGAUUAUGUUCAUUUAUCGAAACUUGGUAAUUUCAUAUUUACAAAUACCAUAAAAACUGCCCU